UGACCGAGGAGCUGACACUCACACUCCCUGCUCCCUGACCGAGGAGCUGACACUCACACUCCCUGACCGAGGAGCUCCCUGCUGGCUAUGGCCAGGCAGCCCUGCGGAGGUGAGCGCUAUACCGGGAUUCUCAUGGGAUUGUAGCCUCAGACUCCUCCGCGAUGCCUCUGUUUGGGUUAAACUGUGGCAAGAAAAAGCAGGAAGAGAAAGAGAGGCGUCUGCGAGCGAACGACCGGGAGUUUAACUUGAAGUUUAAGUAUGCGACAAACGCAAUCAAGACCUCGAAGUAUAACGUCUUCACGUUCCUGCCGCUGAAUCUGUUCGAGCAGUUCCAGCGCGUGGCCAACGCUUACUUCGUGUUCCUGCUGAUCCUGCAGCUGAUUCCCCAGGUCUCCUCGCUCUCGUGGUUCACUACCGUCGUCCCCCUGGUCCUGGUGCUGACUGUAUCUGCCGUGAAGGAUGCCACCGAUGACUUUUAUCGGCACAAAAGCGACAAUCAGGUCAACAACAGAACGGUGCAGGUGCUCAGCAAAGGACAGUUCACCAAUGAGAAAUGGAUGAAUAUCCAAGUCGGCGAUAUUAUAAAACUGGAGAAUAAUAAUUUUGUAACGGCAGAUCUUCUGUUGCUGUCCAGCAGUGAACCCAACAGCUUGAUCUACAUAGAAACCGCGGAGCUUGACGGGGAAACCAACUUGAAGGUGAAACAAUCGCUGACAAUUACAGGAGAUCUGGGCGAGAACUUACAGCAGCUUUCACAAUUUGAUGGGGAAGUCGUCUGUGAAGCUCCCAAUAACAAGCUGGACGCAUUUACUGGGACGCUGACCUACCAAGGAGAGAAAUACGCUCUGGACAACGGGAAGAUCCUGCUGCGCGGCUGCACCCUGAGGAACACCGAGUGGUGCUUCGGGAUGGUCAUCUUCGCAGGGCCCGACACCAAACUGAUGCAGAACAGUGGAAGGACCACGUUAAAAAGAACGAGCAUCGACCGGCUCAUGAAUCUCCUUGUUCUGUGGAUAUUUGUGUUCUUGGCUGCCAUGUGCAUUAUUCUGGCCAUCGGGAACGGCAUCUGGGAAUCUAAGCAGGGAUACUACUUCCAGGUCUACCUCCCGUGGCAACAAGACGUCCACAACGCGGCCUUCUCAGGGUUCCUCAUGUUCUGGUCGUAUGUCAUUAUCCUGAACACGGUGGUGCCGAUCUCCCUCUACGUCAGUGUUGAAAUCAUACGGCUUGGAAACAGCUACUAUAUCAAUUGGGACCGCAAGAUGUAUUACCCCAAGAAGGACACCCCGGCAGAAGCUCGUACCACCACCCUCAACGAGGAGCUGGGCCAAAUCAAGUACAUCUUCUCCGAUAAGACCGGGACCCUCACCCAAAACAUCAUGACCUUCAAUAAAUGUUCUAUUAACGGAAACUCUUACGGGGAGGUGUUUGAUUAUGCCGGGAAUCGGCUGGAGAUUAACGAGCAUACGGAAAAAGUGGAUUUCUCCUACAACCCGCUGGCCGACCCAAAGUUCGCCUUUCACGAUCAUCGCCUGGUCGAGUCGGUGAAAAUCGGGGAUCCGUCUACUCAGGAGUUCUUCCGCCUCCUCGCCCUGUGCCAUACGGCUAUGUCGGAGGAGAAGAAGCCAGGUGAGCUGGUGUAUCAAGCUCAGUCUCCCGAUGAAGGCGCUCUCGUCACGGCUGCCAGGAACUUUGGCUUCGUGUUUCGUUCCCGUACCCCGGAAACAAUCACUCUGGUGGAAAUGGGGGAGACCAAGGUGUACGAGCUUCUGGCUAUCUUGGAUUUCAACAAUGAGCGCAAGAGGAUGUCUGUGAUCGUGAGGAGCCCGGAUGGACGUCUCACGCUGUACUGUAAAGGAGCAGACACUAUUGUGUACGAGCUUCUGGACCGGUCGAGCGAGGACCUCAAGGAAGUGACCACCGAGCAUCUGAAUGAGUUUGCCGGAGACGGCCUGCGCACCCUGGUCCUCGCGUACAAAGACCUGGACAAGCAAUACUUUGCGGACUGGAGGAAACGUUACCACGAGGCGAGCACGUCCCUGGAGGACCGCGAGGAGAAGCUGGGGGAGCUGUACGAGGAGAUCGAAACAGACCUAAAGUUACUCGGAGCUUCUGCUAUAGAAGACAAGCUGCAGGACGGAGUCCCCCAAACCAUCGAGACUCUGACCAAGGCCAACAUUAAGAUAUGGGUCCUGACAGGAGACAAGCAAGAAACGGCAGAGAACAUCGGAUACUCGUGUAAUAUGCUGCAGGACGAGAUGAAGGAGGUUUUCAUCAUUAGAGGUUGCAGUUCUGCGGAGGUGCUGGAGGAGCUCAGAUCUGCCAGGAGGAAGAUGAACCCAGAAUCGUUUUCGGACAACAACGACGUUAACAUUCAGAUCAAAAAAGGUUCGAAGAAGACCCAAGUUAUUCCGGACGAUGACGUAAAAGGAGGAGACACCUACGGAAUUAUCAUCAACGGUCACAGUCUGGCUUAUGCCCUGGAGGAGAAAAUGGAGGUUGAGCUGCUAAGGACGGCUUGCAUGUGCCAGGCUGUGAUCUGCUGCCGGGUGACCCCUCUGCAGAAGGCUCAGGUGGUGCAGCUGGUGAAGAAGUAUAAGAAGGCAGUGACCUUGGCCAUCGGAGACGGAGCCAACGACGUCAGCAUGAUCAAGACGGCACACAUCGGCGUUGGGAUCAGCGGGCAGGAAGGCAUGCAGGCCGUCCUUUCCAGUGACUUCUCCUUCGCUCAGUUCCGGUACCUGCAGCGCCUCCUGCUGGUCCAUGGCCGCUGGUCCUACAUCCGCAUGUGCAGGUUCCUGCGCUACUUCUUCUACAAGAACUUCACCUUCACUCUGGUCCAUUUCUGGUACGGCUUCUUCUGCGGAUUCUCUGCCCAGACCGUUUAUGACGAAUGGUUUAUCACGCUCUAUAAUCUGGUUUAUACCUCGCUGCCCGUCCUUGGAAUGAGUCUCUUUGACCAGGACGUCGAUGACCGCUGGAGCAUGGAGUACCCGCAGCUGUAUGACCCGGGACAGAGAAACCGCUACUUUAACAUUAAGGAGUUUGUGAAAUGCGUGAUCCACGGGGUGUACAGCUCCCUCAUACUGUUCUUUGUGCCGUACGGCGCCCUCUACGACACGGUGAGGGAUGACGGGAAGGCCAUCUCCGACUACCAGUCCUUCGCUCUGAUGGCCCAGACCUGCCUCGUGCUGGUUGUAUCUGCCCAGAUCGGCCUGGACACGGGCUACUGGACGGCUGUGAACCAGUUCUUCAUCUGGGGCAGUAUGGCCGUGUACUUUGCCAUCACGUUCACCAUGUACAGCGACGGGAUGUACUUAAUAUUCACCGCCUCCUUCCCGUUUAUAGGAACGGCCCGAAAUACUCUGAAUCAGCCCAGUAUCUGGCUGGCCAUCUUCCUGACCACGGUGCUCUGCGUCCUACCGGUGAUCGCCUACAGAUUCCUGAGGUCGCAGCUGAAGCCCACGUUCAGCGACAAGGUGCAGAGUAAAAUCAGAGAGGCCAAGAAGCGGCCCCCGCCUCCUCCGCACAGGGCCAAGAUCCGCCGCACCAGCUCCCGCCGAUCUGGCUACGCCUUCUCCCACCAACAGGGAUACGGAGACCUCAUCAUGUCCGGCAGGAACUUCCGACCCAAGAUUCCCUUCCACCAAACGGGCAAAUUUACCCCGAGCGACAGGAGCCGCAACACAAACUAUUACUGAGAGCGAAGAGAACCGCGGGCGAUUCCCGGAGCCUUGGUUACUCUGCCGUUUAUGCCUUUACCGCGGGUCCAAUCCACUGCGAGAAUAACGCAACGAGGGGCAAUCUAUAUGGCGCCACUGUGUGGAAGUAUUUCUCGCCGGUGGCCAUCUUGGUUGUGGCAUCAUUCACUUCUGAAAAUUGGUCCAAAUCAACAAUUCCAUAUUUAAAUGGUCAGCCCAGCAGAAAUGGUAAACGGUCGUGGAAAUUUAUAUUCAUAUAAACCCAGGGGUAUAUAAAAAAAAAAGUAUUAAACUGCGCUUUUAUUGGACGUUUCUAGUAUUCAGGCUCAUCCUCCGACGCGCCAUGUGAGACGCCGCGCCGGAGCGGAAUCAUAAAAGCGGAGAGACCGCUGUGACGCACGGAGACAGUCGCACUGAUUUAUUUUAUAGUUGCCUUUAAUUUAAUUUCUUUAAUUACGACUCAAAAUAAAUGUGAAGAAUAUUUGCCAAAAUUUCUAUUUAAACAAACCAAAAAAAACCAAAGCCUGUGGAAA